AAACUUGCUAACGUAGAAGAAGUGGGCGGAGGCCUGCUCGAGAUUUUUGACGAGCAGAAUCAUUUUUUUCCAGAGUUUUGUCCAGAAAUGAGGUUGUGAACGCCUAUUUGUUUGGGACAGUAACGUCAUGAUUAAAUAGUAUCAUAUGUUGAGAUACUUUGGCACUGUCAUAAUACCUGGCAAUAGUUAACAGACAUGCCGUGGUGCCUAAACACUAAGCGGAAAUAUAUUUUUUAAACCAGCCCACAGUGAAAGCCAAAUCUGCAUUUGCAAUAUACAGCAGUUUAUUGUGGUAAACUAUCCUCAUCGAGACCAUGGUAGACAACCGCUAUGCCACAGCUCUGGUCAUCGGCUCGGUGCUGAGCCUGCUGGCGACGGUCUACCUCUCUGUGGCUGUGGGAACUCCGCACUGGUACCAGUACAGCUGCCCACCAGUGAAGCGUGGGGACAGCAACGUCUCCGAGCUCAUCAAGGAGUUCAUCGAUGGAGAGUUUGACGAGAAGACUUCCCGCGAAACCAUGUUCCGCCUGAACGGCACCCUGGGACUGUGGUCGAGGUGCAUAUGGGUGCCGAGUGAGUCACACUGGUUCAAAGAGCCAAAUCCAAAGAUGGAAACACAGUGUGUGAGUUUCACUCUCCCUCAGCAGUUCAGUCUAAAGUACAAAUACCUUGGAAACUAUAGCAGCGAAGAAGAUCUGCUGAGAACAUACUUGUGGAGGUGCCAGUUUCUCUUGCCCCUGGUGUCUCUGGCUUUGGUGUUUCUCGGCGUCCUCGUUGGGGUCUGCGCCUGCCUGUGCCGCAGCUUCACCCCCACUUUGGGUGUGGGAGUGCUCCAUCUACUCGCAGGUCUGUGCACUCUGGGCACCGUCUGCUGUUUCCUGGCCGGGGUGGAUUUGCUCCGGCAGUAUUCGUCCCCACCAGAAGGGGUGGAGGGCUCUCUGGGCUGGUCCCUCUACCUCGCUCUCAUCUCCUUCCCUCUGCAGAUGAUGGCAGCUGCUUUGUUCCUAUGGGCGGCCAGGAGUCACCGCCAAAACUACACCCGCAUGACUGCUUACAGGGUAGCCUAAAGAGAGACUACUACAACAACUCACCUUAAAACCGCCUACUGGUCUCAGGAAAAAGGUUUCUGGUUAAGAAAGGACUGUACUGGUUGUAACUUCUCACUUCUUCUGCAACAAUCUCUAAAAAAGAAUGACAUGAUAUCCCAGAUCUAGGCAGAAAUACACUCAACCAGUUUGCAGCUAAUCAUCAUAAGUGCUCAUAUUUAGGAGUUUCAUAGCUUUGAGUUGUGUUAUUUCACCUUUGUUUUCUAGCAUUUGUAACCUGAAUCUUACCCAGAGCAUGCUCUUAACUUAUUUUAACACCCAGAUGUUGUGGAUUAUUUGUUAUUUCUGGUGUUGACUGUGUUGGUGUGCUGUACUUAAAUGCCUUCUUUUCAGUUGCCAUUGCUUCUAAAGCUGCUCACCACAUUGCCCUUAAAUGAGUUAUAGAUUAUAAAACUUGCAAACAGAUUUCAGACCUGCUUUUAUCAGGGUAGCUUUCUCUUAGUGCAUGACAAAUAUUACGCAAGCCUAUAUUUUUAUGUUUGUUGUGUGGUUUUAUUUUUGCAUAAUCUUAAAUAUCAAGCCUUUGCUGUGCAUGCCUUAUAAACUGACAUUUCUGUCAUCUGUGGUUGUUGUUGUUGGUUUCAGUCUGUGGUACGUGUUGACUAAAUGUCACUCAAAAAAUGUAACCACUCAUCUCCCAUUGUCACCGUCUUUAUAGGUCUAAUAUUUAUGAACACUUAACUUGUUUUGAAGCUGAUUUGAUGUAACUCGAGCAAACCUGUGACCUCUUUGUAACAUUUAGAUUCUAAUGUUUCAGCCCCAGAUUAUACUACUGCCACUUUACAUUUGUUAAGAUACUUCAGAUGUUUUUCUAAUCGUUGUUGCAGUCAGUUCUUGCUUCCUUUUUAGGGCUCAGUUUCAUCAGUCACUUAACAGACUGGUUUCGACAGCCAAAUAUCAGUUUUGCAUAAAUUAAAGCUGUCAAAGAGACCUGUAACUUGAAUAAUAAUUGACUUUGCAAAAUCUUCACUUGCAGGAAACUACAUCUAUUUUUACACUUUGCAUUUGAGUGGAAAGUAAAUUAAUUUGUUACUUUAUUGUGUGUCCAAAAUAGAGGAUUUCUUAGCACCAGAAAAAAAUUGUGAUGUUUUAGUGUCACAAUGUUUUUGUUAUUUGUCUGAUGUGUACACAACAUGGCUUUUGAAAAUGUUUUUUAUGUAUUCUGAAGCACACUGCACCUGUUUCUGUAUUGAUAAAUUUGACAUUUGCUGA